CGUGCGACUGGUGCUGCCUUGGUGACUGACGUGUGGGCCUGUACGUCAGUGAGGGAGGAGUCUUGUGCCGUUCCUCCGCUGCCUUGGGUCCCCUUGCUUCCGUUUCCGUCGCCCCCUCUCCUCCCGCUCCGCCGCCGCGCCAGAUGCGCCUCCUCGCCGCGGCGGCGAGGCAACCCAAAACACCUCACCCUCUUCUCGUCUCUCUCCACCGCCUCCUCUCCACGGCGACCACCUCCUCCUCCUACGACCCAACCGCGCAGUUCCUCCAUCCCGACCACCGCCUCGUCCUCUCGAUGCCGGCGUCGCUCCGCCAUGACGCCCUCCUUGCGCUCGCGUGCCUUCUCAAGACCUCCCCACAAUGCCACCUCGCGCUUCACGACGUCAACCGCCCACCGUCCUCUGGCUCCCCCUCCUCCACCCCACUCGCUGCUCUCGCUUCGCCGCCGCCUCCCGCCUCGCGGCGUCGGCGUCCGCGCUCCGCCCCUUCGCCGCGAUCCUCCUCGCGGCGCUCCUCCCCGCCGCCUCCCAGGACCUCCUUUCCUGGUCCUUCUCCUACGGAAGCGCCAGCGGAAGCGCUCGCGUGUGCUACGCCGCGCUCCGGCUCGCGCUCCACGCGUUCCUCGCCGCGGGCAUGGCAGCCGAGGCGCUCCACGUGCUCGCGCGCGUCCGCAGCUCCGGGAAUACGCCCAGCCUCUCCGCGCUGGCGGCAUUGCUGCGCCUUCUAUUCCGCAGCGGGGAGGUCCGCGCUGCCUGGAACGUGUUCGAGGAAAUGGCCACGAGGGGCCCACGCCCGAGUCUCGCCAUUUUAAACGCCAUGAUCCUCGGGUUGUGCCACAGGGGGAUGCUGCGCGUUGUCUUGGGGCUGCUUGGGGUCAUGGGAAAGAAGUUCGGUAUCAUCCCGGACGUUGUCAGCUAUAACAUCCUCAUCAAGGGGCAUUGUGUGUUUGGGUGGUCAGGGGACGGCUUCAAGCUGUUUAAGGAAAUGCGCAGUUCAGGAUGUGAACCGACGGUCGUGACGUAUAACAUACUGGUGGAUGUUCUGUGCCAUGAGGGGAGAAUGGUGGAAGCGAGGAGGCUGUUCGAUGAGAUGGCACAGGUGGGGAUCAAAGAAAAUACAAUAACCUUCAAUGUCUUGAUCGAUGGAUAUGCAAAGACUGGACGGAUGGAUGAGGCCAGUGCAGCCUAUAGGGAGAUGAAAGUGAGGGGACUAGUGCCAGAUUCCUGCACCUUUAACAUCCUUGCUGCUGGAGCGUACAAGUUUGGGCAUGCUACCUAGUUAGUCCAUGAUUGUGAAAUAUUUGGUUCACAGUUGCCGGUUGAUGGGUUGGAUGUGUUGGUCUGUAGGCUUUGUUGGGACGGCCGGUUGGAUGAUGCCUUGGAGCUUCUACGUGGUGCUAUUGAGCAGGGUGUUCCAGUUAGUGUUACUGGAUUUAAUGCAUUGAUCGCUGCUUAUAGCAAGGAGGGACUCCAUGAAGCUGCUUUUGAACUAUACAGAUUUAUGAACAAGUUAGGGCUGGCACCGUCAACACAUAGUUUUAAUUACUUGAUAAUGGGUCUGUGCAAUCAAGGAAGGCUUGAUGAGGGGCAGCUAAUUUUAGAACACAUGGUUAGCAAGGGAUACUGUCUAAGCACAUCAUUCACUGUCUACUUGGAUGCAUCAUUCAGAGAGGGCGAUGCAGUCCUGCUUUGAAAUGUUGGGAUGAUAUGGAAAAAAAUGGUAUACAGCCUGAUUUUAUUGCCUUCUCAGCAUAUGUCAAUGGCCUAUGCCGUUUAGAUUAUGUGAAUGAGGCCUAUCAGGCAUUUGCUGAGAUGACAACAAGAGGACUUGAACCGAACAAUAUUACUUACAACUCCAUCAUAUCUGCAUUUUGUCGGGCACGCAAUAUGGCUGAAGCUUUGAAGUUACAGCAGAAUAUGAGGCAGAGUGGCCUUGUUCCCGAUGUUUACACAAGCAACAUUCUAAUCGAUGGUUUGUGCAGACAAGGAAACUUGAAAAUGGUGGACAGCCUUUUAUUGGACAUGUGCAGUAAUGGUCAAAUCCCAGACACAGUGACGUAUAAUACUAUAAUCAAUGCGUAUUGCAGGGCUCAGGAUAUGAAUGGUGCUAUGAAUUUCAUGAAUAAGAUGUUUGCAGCUGGUUGUGAACCAGAUAUUUUCACAUAUAAUAUUUGGAUGCAUAGCCUCUGCAGCAACCAUAUGUUGAACCAAGCAGGGAAGGUGUUAGAUGAGCUUGUUGCUAGGGGUUGUCCUCCUAAUUCAGUUACAUACAAUACAUUGAUUGAUGGCAUUUGCAGUGAUGUUCUUGAUCGAGCUAUGAUACUGACUGGCAGGUUGAUUAAGAUGGCUUUUCAACCAAACACUAUCACGCUUAAUGUUUUCCUUUCUCAUUUCUGCAAGCAAGGAUUUGGAAAGAGAGCCCUUAUGUGGGCUGAGAAGCUCAGGGAAGAUUCUUUUAUUUUUGAUGAUGCUACUAGAAAUAUAAUUGACUGGGCACAAAGGGAAAUGGAGAAUGGUCCCCAGGUUAACAAUGAGGACAUAGAUAGGUGCCUGUUUCUCGAGUUCUUGAUGUUCAUGACAUAUGAGACUAUGCACAACAAUAGAUCCUCAAAGGCUAGACAUGUGCCUGCAGAUAAAUGUUUUGCUCCUGCUAGCAGCAACACGAUCAAGAUUUUGGAUACUGGUUGAUCAAUGAAUUUUAUAACCACAAGAGAUUCUAUCACAGAUGCACUUACAGGAAAGACAUGAUCGGUGCCCUGCCAUAAAGCAAGUCCAACGCAAGGACACUAGCGAUCUACCAUUGUUUUCUUUCAGUUGCUUCAACCAUCAUACCUGCAGCACCAGCUCAAAUCCCACUGGCAGCACUACAGAUAUUGCGCCGCAAUCAUCCUCAAGGAAGGCAGUAUCAACCUACUUCAGCCCGCACACGGCUAGUGAGCAGGCCACAUCCUUGAUAUGCUCAGCUAUGCUGCAGUCCCCAAACAUAAAUUCUUUCAGAGCCAGUCAACAACUAGAGAGAGGCCGCUCCCCUAUCUCCAAGACAGAUUCAGUGGUUAUGAUGGAAGUUGUCAGUUUUUCAGCAGCGAGCGAGUAGUCCAGCAGCAGGGGUGCUCUGCUGAGAAAAUUGUUGCUGGUCAGUCAAUUGAGAUGCAUCAAGUACUUCCAUUUCUUGUGAUAAUUUUCGAGGAGGAAGAAGUAUAUAUGAUGUGACGCUUUUGGUGCCUUUUGAAGUGCCUAGUGGAGUUUUUACUGCCCGAGUAGGAUGUGACAUUCAUGUAUCUGGCCUCAACUAGUGGGACGCGACAUGCCUACUGAUCCCCAUUGAGCGAUCGAGAGAUUGCUUGAGUUGCCUACUGAUCCCCAUUGUUUUCUGUCAGUUGCUUCAACCAUCACACCUGCAGCACCAGCUCAAAUCCCAUUGGCAGCACUAGAGAUAAUGCGGCGCAAUCAUUCUCAAGGAAGGCAGUAUCAAUCUGCUUUAGCCCACACACAGCUAGUGAGCGGGCCAAAUUCUUGAUAUCCUCAGCUAUGCCACAGUCCCCGAACAUAAAUUCUUUCAGAGCUAGUCAUCAACCAGAGAGAAGCCCCUAUGCAAGCCAGUUUCAGUGGACAGACACGUCGACUCCUACAAUACUGGUUAUGAUGGAGGUUGACGGUUUUGCAGCAAGCAGUCGUCCAGCAGCAGGGGUGCUCUGCUGAGAACAUUGUUGCUGGUGAGUCAAUCGAGAUGCAUCAAAGUACUUGCAUUUCUUGUGAUAAUUUUCGAGGAGGAAGAAGCAUAUAUGAUGGGAAGCUCUUGGUGCCUGUUGAAGUGCUAAUUGGAGUUUGUACCUGCCGGAGUGGGAGGCAACAUUCAUGUCUCUGGCGUCAACUAGUGGGACCAAGGACCGAACCCACUGAACCCCAUUGAGCGAUAGUGAUUACCUGAGUUGCUUUUUUACAUGCGCAUUCGAGCCAAAUUCGUGCUGAAUGACGUGAACAAAGGGGCUGGAAUUCCUUUAUAGACCAAAAAGAAUGUGUACUAAAGGCAGCACAAUUUAUUUGUUGUACAGAUUUGCCUGGUCGUUCUGAUAAUA